AGUUUGUUAUGACAAGUCGAGGCCUCGGACUAAAUUAGGAGUGAAGCCCACCGUCUCUGUCCGGGCGAUUCCGUGAUGGAGGGCAUGGACCUGGACCUGGACCUGGACCAGGAGCUCAUGCAGAAAUUCAGCUGCAUGGGUACAACAGACAAAGAUAUCCUAAUAUCGGAAUUUCAGAGGCUCCUUGGGUUUCAGCUAAACCCCGCCGGAUGCGCCUUCUUUCUGGACAUGACCAACUGGAAUUUACAGGCAGCCAUCGGAGCCUACUAUGACUUUGAGAGUCCCAACAUCAGUUCACCGUGCAUGUCCUUUGUGAAGGAUGUGACAAUCGGUGAGGGCGAAUCAGUUCCACCUGACACACCUUUCACAAAGACCUGGAGGAUACAGAACACGGGUGCAGAGUCAUGGCCUCCCGGGGUUUGUCUGAAGUAUGUUGGAGGAGAUCAAUUUGGUCAUGUAAACAUGGUGAUGGUGCGGUCUCUAGACUCCCAGGAAAUGGCUGAUGUUAGUGUACAGAUGCAGAGCCCUGUGUCUCCUGGCAUGUAUCAGGGUCAGUGGAGAAUGUGCACAGCUACAGGGCUUUACUAUGGAGAUGUAAUUUGGGUGAUCCUGAGUGUGGAGGUUGGAGGCCUCCUUGGCGUCACACAGCAGCUUUCCUCUUUCCAAGCUGAGUUCAACACCCAGCCUCACCGCAGCCUGGAAGGAGACUACAAUCCCUUCGCCUCGCCAGAGAAAAGCAAGUGCCCCAACAGCAGCAACAACAACAGCCUCCACGAUGACAGCGGUCAUAGGGUCGCAGAGGAACAUUGGCAGGGAAGCCCUAACCAGCUACAGCAAGAUCAGAAUGGACUUUCACACAACCCUGUGGAAAUAGUAGCAAACAGUCUACAAAGCAAUCUAUCAGUAGUCUCUUAUAACCAGGUAAGAUAUAUCAUGGGGAAAGGUUAUUCUGCACACCAAUGAAUACGGGUUGGGGAUAUUUUCUGUUUCUAUUUUCUUUCAAAUUUCCAUAAUUAAAAUGACAGAAUAACAUAAAAACCUGGAAGUAAUUUAAAAAAAUUGUUAUAUCUAAUAUAUUAAGAAAAAGAGAAUACAGUCUUCAGUGCACUGUUGUUUUACAGUACAUUUAAAUUCAACUACGAAGGGACCAUGAAUGUCUGUACCCAAUUUCAUGGCAAUCCAGCCAAUAGUAGUGGAAACGUUUCAGUCUGGACCAGAGUAGUCGACCAGUGGAACGACACUGCAUCCAUAGAAAACACCUAAAAUGUACAAAUGUAAUUGAGACCAGCUUUAACAUAGCAAGUCAGCUAGCAUUCUGAGCUAAUGCCAACACAUGCAAAUUUACCCUGGAUGCCUGUAGUUGCUAAGGGGUAGUGUGGCUUUUGUUAUGAAACAACUGCAGAUGUACAGUUAGAUAGCAAUGCUACCUCAUCACUCAGUAUAAUAUGGUCUAAAUUUAUAUGUCUACUGUAUAUUUUCCAAUAGGUUUUUGUUAUCCGGUGUUAAAGUAAAAGACAAGAUGAAAAUAUUUUUUAUUUUAUUAUACAACUAGUGCUACAACUAACAAUUAUUUCCAUCAUUGAUUAAUCUACCGAUUAUUUUUUCCAUUAACCGAUUAACUGUAUGGUCUGUGGUCAGAAUAUAGUGAAAAAUGCCACACAAUUACCUAAAGCCCAAGAUGACAUCUUGAAUUGCUUGGUGCUUGUUUUGUCUGACCAACAGUAUAAAACCCAUUCCCUCCUUUACUGUCACGUAAAGGAGGAAAUGUUUGUUAUUUCUUGCUUGAAAAAUAACUUCAGUGAUUAAUUGAUUAUCAACAUACUUGCCGAUUAACCUUCUGUCUAUUGAAUAAUAAUUUCAGCCCUACAGACAACAUUUUGGCUGCACAUAUAACAAAUGCUCUAUACUUGCAAUAUGUACAAAUCCGAGACACCGUGAAAGUGUACACUUAAAUCCUUUUCUUUCUUAUUUAGUCAAUGUCCUUCACAUCUUGC